GGGGCGCGCGUAUCUGCGCCGCGGCCGCGUGACGCGUUUUCAAAUCUUCAACCGCUUCAGCGCGCUGGUUUGCGUUUUCCCGUUUCCUCCUCCGCGCCCGAGAGCCGGAGCGACCCCGGAAACCGGCGGGCAAACACGGCCUUUCUGCUGCGUGGGUGUGGAAGUCCGCGGAAGGGGACGAGCGACUGGCCUACCAACGGGCCUCGAAGGGCCGUGUUUUCGCGGCCGCCCGGUGCGAUUCCGUCUCCGGACCCAGCAUGUAGGUGCCGGGCGGCUGCCAUGAACUCCGGAGCCAUGAGGAUCCACAGCAAAGAACAUUUCCAGGGUGGAAUCCAAGUCAAAAAUGAAAAAAAUAGACCAUCUUUGAAAUCUGUGAAAACUGAUAACAAACCAGAAAAAUCCAAAUAUAAGCCACUUUGGGGAAAAGUAUUUUACAUUGAUUUACCUUCUUCUGUCACCAUAUCUGAAAAACUGCAAAAGGACAUUAAGGAUCUUGGAGGGCAAGUUGAAGAAUUUCUCAGCAAAGAUAUCAGUUAUCUUAUUUCAAAUAAAAAGGAAGCUAAAUUUGCACAGACUUUGGGACGAAUUUCUCCUGUACCAAGUCCAGAAUCUGCAUAUACUGCAGAAAUUACUUCUCAUCCCAGCCAUGAUGGAAGUUCAUUUAAGUCUCCAGAUUCAGUAUGUUUGAGCAGAGGAAAAUUACUAGUUGAAAAAGCUAUCAAGGACCAUGAUUUUAUUCCUUCAAAUAGUAUAUUGUCAAAUGCCUUAUCAUGGGGAGUGAAAAUUCUUCAUAUUGAUGACAUAAGAUACUACAUUGAACAAAAGAAAAAAGAGUUGUAUUUACUCAAGAAAUCAAGUACUUCUGUAAGAGAUACCGGAAAAAGAGGUAUUGGCACACAGAGAGCAAGAACAGGUAGACUCAAAAAGCCUUUUGUAAAGGUGGAAGAUGUGAGCCAACUUUAUAGGCCAUUUUAUCUUCAGCUGACCAAUAUGCCUUUUAUAAAUUAUUCUAUUCAGAAGCCCUCCAGUCCCUUUGAUGUAGAUAAGCCAUCCAGCAUCCAAAAGCAAAUUCAGGUUAAACCAAGAAUCUGGACAGAUGGCGAUAAAUGUGGUGGAAUCCCAGUUCAACUCCAGCUGAAAGAAAAGAAAAAAAAAGGAUAUUGUGAAUGCUGUCUGCAGAAAUAUGAUGAUCUUGAAACCCAUCUUCUAAGUGAGCAACACAAAAACUUCGCACAGAGUAAUCACUAUCAAGUUGUUGAUGAUAUAGUAUCUAAGUUAAUUUUUGACUUCGUGGAAUAUGAAAGGGACAUGCCUAAAAAGAAAAGAAUAAAAUACAGUAUUGGAUCCCUUUCUCCUAUUACUACAAAUGUCCUGGAAAAGUCUGAACCAAAAGAAAAGCUAGAAUUGCAAUGUAUUUCUCAGAAAGACUUCAGGGAAAAUAAUGUACAGGUGAUGGAGCAGAAUUUCCUGUAUAAAGAAACCCAGGAACCUGAACAAAAGAUUGUGUUUAUUUCAGAAUGCAUCCCCUACCCUUCAAGUGAAUUAAGAGAACUUGAUGAGAAAACAGCUAAUAUGUGUUCCAUGUUAAAUCCAGCUGAAAAUGACUUAAAACAAAAUUUUACACAUCUACCUCCAUCUAAAAAUAAACAGGGAUGCAUUCUUACUGAUGUUUCUGAACAUAAAUUAAUUAUAAGUGAAAAUGACUUAAAACUAAGGGUAGAUCACUAUCCAUGUAGACAACAGACAUCUAUACAAGUUUCUGAUUUUAAUAUGGAUAAUAAUGCAUCUCAACCAAAACAAAAGUCAGAUACUGUACUUUUUCCAGCAAAGGAUCUGAAAGAGAUAGAUCUUCGUUCAAUAUUUGGUCGUGAUUCUGGUCUAUUAGCAAUAAACAAUUCACCAGAGCACCUAACCAUUCAGUCAAAGACUCCAUCCCAUAGUUCUCCUGAGAAUCCCAAUGAAUGUGAUAUCAAGAAUAUGGAUAGUUUACCUUCUGGUAAAAUUCAUCGGAAAGUGAAAAUAUUAUUAAGAAGAAAUAAAAAAGAAAAUCUGGAACCAAAUGUGAAACUAGAUAAAAGAACUGAAUUUCUUAUUACCCAGGAAGAAAACAGAAUUUGUAGUUCACCAGUACAAUCUCUACUGGACUUAUUUCAGACUAGUGAAGAGAAGUCAGAAUUUUUGGGUUUCACAAGCUACCCCGAAAACAGUGGUGUAUGUGAUGUUUUAGAUAUUUGGGAAGAAGAAAAUUCAAAUAAUCUGUUGUCAGCGUUUAUCUCUUCUCCUUCAACUUCUACAUUUACUGGCUUUUAGAGUUUUAAAAAUAACUUUCAGAAAUGAUGGAGAAGAUAAUUCUUGAAAUUUUCAUGUGUAUAAAAAUUCUUAAAGUUUUUUUUUUGCCAACGUUUUUGUUUACAGAACCAAAUGUAAAUAUUAACAAUAAAGGUGAUGUUUGCAUUUUUCUGCAGAACUGAAUACCUGUCAGAAAAUUGUAGAAUAAAUUUGUGACUCAUUUUACAUACUAUGUUCAUAGUUGUUUACUAAGAAUUAUUAUAAAUAGUAAUGUUUGCUUUAUGUCACUGAAAGAUAUGUGAAAUUCUGAGAUAUCAAAAUUUAGCAUUAUAAAUUUGGAUAUUGUAGUUAUAUUGUCUAUUAAAAUAGAACCCCAUGGUAACAAUGUUGCCUUUAAAAACCUAAUUUCCAUACAGAUAGAAAACAAGCAUUAAUUUCUGUUUGGGUUCUGGAAAUCAUUACCAGAAACACUUGACACUUGAGGGUAACCUAGUUGGACCACGCUAGUAUGUUGGCACUAAGGAGUUAGGUUAUCUGUAAAUAGCCUGGGGGUAUUUACAAAUAGGGGUAAACAGCCAUGAAGGAAAAACUUAACCAGGCUACCAUAUGGAAUAAAACAAUUUUUCUAUUCCCUUUGGAAAUAAUUUCUUCCAAAAUGACUCUUUCUCCCUAAUUUGGUGUCAGAAAUGAAAGGAAGAAUGGCAUUGAACUAUAAAUAAAAGUUUUGAAACAUAAGGAUUGCCUUUAAUCAGGGUCUUGGCUCUAAUUAUUAGCUGAUAUCUGUAGGUGGUACAGGCAUUUGCCUUUGAGUGUAUUCUUACAGGAGUGAGGCAUUUACAACUAAAGACAUUUUUCACAAUAAAAAUCAGUGCAAUUGAAUGUUAUGUGAAUAUGUUAUCACUAAAAAUCAACUUUGAUUACCAGUCUUCAUUUUUUGAGAACCUGUAUAGCUCCCAAUGUAUUCCCAUGCUUUGAUGUGUGUGUUGUUUUGACCAUUUGGACAAUAUCCAUGAGAAAUACUAGCUUUUCAACAACUUUAUUGUUCAUGCUGUUACCUUAAGUAGGAUAACCAAGAUAUCCUUUCAUGUGCAUACAUACAACCCUUGUUUCCAAUGUAAAUUACUGUAGUAUUUUCUGUCACAAAUGAAUGUGUGUGUAUAUGCAAAGCUAUGUCAGUGAUUACAGCCAACCUUCUAAAAACCUAGAUGAAACUUGAAAUUAUUUGUAGGUUUUUUUCACCCUCAGUACUACCUGUAUUCCCCCAAGUUUUCCAAACAAUUAAAAGAUAUUUAAACUUGCUCUAUGAUCCUUGGAGUUUAGAGUGAUGGUCUCUUCAGUUUGCAGAGCAGCAGUUUGCCCUCCCAAUGGUUUGGAGUUAUUUUGUCUUAGUUGAAUUUAAUAAGAAGAAGGCUCAUGCUGAACACCUCCAAUAGUUAAAAGUUUUUAAGCUUUAUUUUGACACCAUUUUUGAACUAUUAUUUUGAAUACUGGAGUUUUAAAACACCAUCCUCCAAGAUCUUCAUAAUGUGUAUUUACAUUUAAAAAGAAAAGCUUAGCUUUCAGUUUAUUUGGAACAAUGCUGUAAAUUGUAGCAGGAUCGCCACAUAAAGUUUGGGUUGUGCCAUGCAGAUGAAUACCCAGCCAAGGAGAGGAGGGCAGUUAGUAAUCCAGCCUUCAACUCACAGCAGGUAGUGCUCACAGAGAGGUUGUAUCUACAGUGCAUGGCCACUUGCCCAAGGUACCUUUGGGGCUAUGUCUACCUGGAAGAGGGUAUUUUUUAUUUUUUAAUUCUCUAACAGUACUUGUGGUUUGGUUCCCAGCUUUUGUUCACAACAGGACAUUUCAUUUUUAAUGUAGUAAGUUACCUUCAGAAGUAGGACUUUAAAAAGAUCCAUUGCAGGGUAAAUAGAAAACUUGGUUUGCUUGAUAGAAAGUGAUAUACUUUGCCAAAGUGUAUAGACAAUUCUCAGCGAGCGCAUGAUAAAUUGAGUUCUUCGAUACCAAGAAUACUGAAGUUGAAAGGUGUUAGGAAAGAAAGGCACCCUAAUUUACUUUAAGGCAAGUGUAACAGACAGUAUAGCUUUCAAAGUUGGUGGCUUUAGUUCUCCAGGAGUAGCUAGAAACAGCAGAAGUAAAGACAACUGUGGUUUUGUAACUCAAAUGAAUUAUUUAUUUUUCUAAGAUAAUAGCAAAAGGUGUAUUUUACAGGUCAAUAGAAUCUUUUUAAGUAGUUUUUAAAGUCAGUGAUUUCUGUGCAUGCAUAGAUUAGUAUUAAAUCUAUUAAAAUAAUUUAUGGAACUAUAUGUAAAUGUUACUCUGAUGUGUGUAAAUUCUAGAGAACUGAUGAAUGUCAAGGCAAAAUACGCGUACUUUUAAGAGGAAUAAAAACCGGUUUAUAUGGGUAAAACUUUCACCUAAAACCAUUGAACUUGAAUCCUUAUUUCUGAAAAUGGGAUUAUUUAAUGUUUUCAGAUGAAAAUUUAGUUGUUUUUCUUUUUUAAGGCAUUUUGGUGGAAGGAUGGAUGUGUAAAUACUAUUCUGCUAUCUAAAAAUAUAUUAAAAUACUUAAUAAAUAAAUAAAUAAAUAAAUAAAAAAUAAA